CCAGCGAGGAAUUGGUUGACUCGUUCAUGGCGACUCAUUUAAAAUAAUCAAAUCCUUCACCUAAAUCUCUGAUUAAGAAACGAUUAAAAGCAAACCUUUGAACCAAGUCUUCCAACUUACUCCUUAGAACAGGUAAAGCUCAAACUCCAUCAAUUUCAAAGUUGAAGAUAAGCUUUCAUGGCAAGAAUAAAACCUCAGGCUUUGUUAAUUCAAAGCAAAAUGCAGAAAAGGCCACCUCGGAUCGGUGUUGUUACGAUUCUCUUUUGCAGCUUGAUCGUUCUAUUGAUUUUAUCGUCUUUGAUUGCUACUUCCAGGCAUUGGUCUCAAAGAUCAAGGGAUCAAAUAGGAACUGGAUUGUCAAAUUAUGAGCAUGUUGAUGAGAUUGCAGAUUCAAAGAAGUAUGAUCUGCCUGGCUAUGUUGUUCUAAAUACAUCAAAAGGCUAUAUAACUAUAGAACUCUUCAAAGAUGGUUCUCCUGAGACUGUCGACAAAUUUCUUGACUUGUGUCAAAAGGGGCAUUUCAAGGGCAUGCCUUUCCACCACGUGAUAAAAAACUAUGUGAUUCUAGGAGGACAUUCACAAGAACUUGGAGGCAUUGAAGAUUGGACAUCAAAAACAAAGCUUCACAGGCGGCUCCCCAUAAGUCUAAAACAUGAAGCUUUUAUGGUUGGAACCACAAAGAUUAAAGAAGAUGGCAAGGCAUUUCAGCUUUUUAUCACAACUGCACCAAUACCGGAUUUAAACGAGAAACUAACUGUGUUCGGACGAGUCAUCAAGGGCGAAGAUGUGGUUCAGGAAAUUGAAGAGGUUGAUACCGAUAGACAUUACAGGCCUACAUCUCCUGAAGGGAUCAUCAAUGUGACACUGCGACAAGAAAUUUGAGGGUUUUCUUUUUAACCACUGUAAAGAUUUGUUUAUGUUCAUUGCUUUUGUAUAUUCGUCUAAACAUCAACGUCAAAAUAUAUUUUGAGCAUAUUCAUGUUUAACAAAUAUAUAUAUAUAUAUUUUGAGCA